AUGGCAACCGUGAAGCGCCGAAGGGUGCUUCAGAGAUGCACAUCUGUGGAACAGGAGCCUGACUGCCAGGCAUGUGACUUGUCAGCAGCACCUCCUGGCCUUCGCAGCCAGGACGAUGUUGUGGAAUGGCCUUUAGAUGUUGUGAGUUCCCUGUGUGGCGCCGGCAAUGAGGAAUGCCAGCUCCGAUUGCGGAAUCAUGUCUUGAAAGGCAUGGUUUUGACCACUGAUUACAGUGGUCUGGACUGUCCGAGGGAGGCCCUGGAGAUGGGCGUCCGGGCGCUGCAGCAUGUCAUGAACAUAGAGCCGGGUGCGCAGGUAGUGCAUGUGGGCCGCACAUGUGACAAAGGCUUGCUUCAGAAGCGAGUGCAGGUGGAGUUAGCUCAGAGCAUCGAGGCUGUUUUGCAGGAUCAUGAGAGGUGCCAUUUUGAAGACAUUCUGCAUCGUCUUCCGCAGCGUGGUCAAGAUUGGAUUGCAGCAGCUUCCCCUGGGAAGCAUGCUACCAAAGCAGAGCGUGCCGAGGCGCAUGCUGCUAUCGCAGACUGGUUGAUGCAGAACCGGUCGUGGCUGUUCAGCAAGGAUGCCACAGCUUUUUGCUGCGUGCAUCAGAGGCGCUGCCGCGUGCACCAGUGUCUGCUUGGAGAGCAGGAGGAGCGUUUGAGGAUGAACGUAGCCGGCGUGACGUGCCACGCAUGGUCAAGUGAGGGCUUGUUGGAGGGUACUGCGCAUGAGUCAGAAAUACCUCUGGCAGUAUGGUUGGCUGAGCGAAAGUUCAUGUUCGAAGAGUGCUUGGAGGACGUGCUCUUCUUGGAGUGUACUCCAAGAUUCCCGGCUCAGGACCGUUUGGAGCGCGUGUUCGGGGACAGUGCGAAUGUGUUCGCGUGGCAAGAUGGCCCCGAGUGGCAUGGUUGGCCACAUAGGCGCCGUCGGGUUUUGGCUGUGGCAGUCAACAAGCGUACAGCUGCCUGGGUGGGGGAGACAGGCCUCAGCACACUGCAGGAACAGUACGCUCGCCGGUUCUACCGGCAGAUGUCCUCCACUGGCGAGAUGCUCAUGAUGGCGAGCGAUGAGGAGAGGAUCAAGGAGAUGACAGCAAUAGCUGUUGGGCGAAAGAACAAUGUGAAUGCCAAGGACAUCGCCGAGCUCGUGGAAAAGAAAGACAUGGACGGUUUGGCCUGCCUGUUGUUCCCGCCAGGUGGUGUUAAACGCUUGGGAGAGUGGCAGGGUCUUUACAUGGACAAGAAGAUCGAAACCCCCCGCUUGCGAGCCUUUCUUUGUGAUGUGGACCAUGCUGUCGGCGGGAAAGGACCAUGUGGAGGUGAGCUGUGGCCGACACAGCUGACCCACGGCUCCAUCAUAUCCUUUCAGCGAAGCUUUCAUGAUGGUGAUUCCAAGCCGGCCUGGCGAUUGGCCACUGCAAAGGAGCAUCUAAGUGCCUUGGGUUGGAGGAUGUAUGGUGGCUCGAACCUUUUCCCGGUUUCCCACAUGUCUACGGUGUUGACAAAUUUACAGCUCACUCCGUCCCAAGUGAAAGUGCUGGCUGGCAACUCCAUGCACCUCAGAACCCAGAUGGCUUUCAUGCUGUAUGCUAUGGGCCAGAUCAUCAAGAAAAGCCCCGGAGCUCAGCGUCUUACACGAAUGUCAACCUGGAUGGACGAGGUGGAUGCCAUGGAUGAUGAAGAUAUGCUUGGUGGCUUCUUCAAGCAAGAUCUCAGCUCAGAUGAUGACGAUGAGAUAUGCUUUGCAGCGACGUGCGAGAAGAAAGUCAAGCCACAUUCGAAGUUUUGUGGCGACCACCACAAGGAUGCAGAGGCGAUACGAUACCAGGCGAGGCAGAAGAAGAACGCGGACAUCUCCGCGGCAGUCGAAGCUGCCUUGGGCGAUCCGGCCAAAGCGCAGCUUGCCCUGGACGACUUUGCCAGGAACAAUCCUUCCGGUAAGUUCCGGAAGUCUUUGAUCGACUGGUCUGCCUUCACACAGUCCUUUGGGAAAAGAGCCGAGUUUCGCGUCCGCAACAACGAGGAGCAGAUGGACGUGACUGACUUUGUCAAGUGGCAGAAGGGCCGUGGACUCACAGACGAGGAAGCUCUGCAGAAAUGGAAGGACCUCCUUGAGACGGAUGUUGAGCGAGAAGGUGAAGGACAUGACACCAAGGUUUGGGUUGUUCGCAACAAGCAGCGUUUCCGGGACCAGAUCCGCUUCAACGAGAGCGCUCUGAAAGAAUCCUCCAAGCAGGUGAAGGGCAUCGCAGAGAGCGACAGGCAGGACCUUCUGGACCACGUGAAUAGGCAGUGCGAUUCGUUUGCUGAUCCCUGGCUGCGUCGGGGUGUGCCUCAACAGAGCGACGAGCCGGCUGCCAGUUCGAGGGCACCGUCCACGACCAGCGAGGUACCGAGCAGACCAGGUGGCAAAGUCGAGAUUGCCAUUGCAGCCCCGAGAGCCUUUGAGAAGAAUGAAAAGAUUGUGCCAUCGUGUGUUAGCAUGGUGGAUGGAGCUUGCACGGCAGUUCGAGAAGUUCUAGAGUUGGCCAGCAACAAUGUCAGCGAGGAGAAGUUGCAGCAGGCAUAUGAAACCAAUUGUGUGGUUCGUUUGCGUGUGCUGCAGAUAUGGCAAGCAGACUCCCUUCAAGACAUUCCAGCGCAGAGGGCCUUGCCGUCGAGUUCGUUGACAGGUGGCUCUACAAAUGCCGAGGCCGUGCCGCCCGCAUCAUUGACUUCGCCACCUUCCACGAAGGAGGCCUCCACAGCUGCAGCCGAACCGUCGGCGGAGGAGCAGAAGAAGGAGAAGGCCGAGACACCGGUUGUGGGUGGGGACAAAGCGGAUGGCAGCGAGGAGAAGGACACGGACAAGGAGGUCUUGCCGGAGUCCCCAAAGGCUCAGGAGAAGGCGGAUGUUGACAAUGCCGUGGGUGUAGACGCAAAGUCUGUGGCUUCGAGCACACCCGUGAACGUUGUUGCCAAGAUUACCAAUGCUUUGAGGAAGGCCCUCGACGCUGGGAAAUCCUCUGCUCAACAUGUCAAGGACAGCAGCCAUGUCCUUUGUCGCGCACACAUGGAGGACAUCCAUCAGAGCUUCUUGCAUUGCGAGACCGUGGACGAGUUGAACAAGCAGGUUGAGACGCUGAAGAAUGCAGCAGCGGUGGUGAAGGAGCUCAAGGACGGUGCCAGCAAAGCUGCUAGCAGUCUCAAGUCACACAUACUCAACCGUCACAAGGCUCAGAAACGCAAGCGAGUUCAAGAAGAGAAGCAAAUGGAGCAAGUUGAGAUCAGUGCCAAAAAGAAGCAGGCUAAGGAAGCCGCAGAGCAGGUGAAGCAGCAGGAGACGACCCUCCCACCCAUUUUCGGCAUCAGCUUGGAGACUUUGAAGAACGAUGAUGGCAGCUUGGUUGGCAAGCCUGUGACAAUCCUCAGCGGCCCCGGCAAGGGCUCCAUCAACUCGGUGGAUGCACCGUGCUGCAUCACGAGCCUCACAGCCAUGACCAACUUCAUGAAGAACCCGAAGGUUCAAGUUAUGCUCGGUGGAUUCGGAGGCACCUACAAGAAGGCCGCAGCUCUGAAGGCAUCGGGGAAAUGCCAGGAGCUGAUCCAGAAGGGCAAUGGCAUGGAGGAGUGCGAUGGUCUCUUCAAAGAGGUGGGCGAGCUGUUCAAGGAGGCUUGCUUCACCCAAGCUGGUGCUGGCAACAUGGAACGCUACCUGAGCAAUAUUCUGCAGGCAAGCUGGCUCUUCGGAUACGAAGCACAAUCGGCACAUUUGAACCAGCUUCCUAAUGGUUUGGGUUGCUUUCGUUUGCUAUGUUCGGGCGAGGUGGCUUGGACGCUGUAUGAUCUCAAGAAGCUUGUGCCAGCGAUGAGAAUCAUGCUGAGCAAGGACGACAUUGGUGGCUUGGAAGGCGUGUCAGCCUUCUUGAAGGCCCUCACCGACCGGGACAUGAUCACACUCUCAUCCCAUGGAUGUGCUCCUCAGUGGAUCGUUCAGAAGGAGGGUCAGAUUAUGUUCAUCCCAGCCGGGUUCGUCGCUACUGAGCAUUGCAAGCGCGGUGUGUUGGUGUACGGCAUCCGAAAGACUUUGCUGUACGCUUCAAACGAGGCCGCUGAGAGCUACAGUGUUUUGAUCAGCUUGCACGAGGCUUCGAAAAAGCCUGUGGACAAGCUGAAAGCGACAGCUUGCUUCUUGUCAGCUGUCGAGACAGAGUGA